CAAAUAAUAAUAACUUGGCGAGAAAGUUAUUGGUAGAUUUGAUUCCCACUGCCCAGAGAUCUUCCUAUUCUUACCACUUUCCCUCGUGAAGAUCUUCUGCUAACAGCGACUUUCGUGUAUGAAAGCGGUGUUACAUGUGACGAUAGCAUGAUGUACUCAAACAUUUAGUUGUAUAUUAUUUUCACCGAUGACUCACAUAAUUUUGAAUUUUGUAAAAUUAGGAACUAGUAAAAAAUAUAUUUAUAUUUUUAUAGUGGAGAGCUGUGCUCAUAUUCCAUAGUAUUUAAAUUAUUUUAUUACGCACCUUAUGCUGCUAAAUAUUUGUUUACAUUUUCCCUUUCUAACAUGAAUAAUCAUUAUCCGGUCGUUUUAGAUGCUUUAACUAAAGCUUCUAGUCAAAAUGCAGAGCUUCUAAAAAUUGCUGAACGUCAGCUAAAAUCGUGGGAAACGGAAAGAGGCUUUUAUUCUACUCUUCUGAUCAUUGCAUGUGACAAAUCGUUAGAUGUAAAUAUCCGAUGGCUUUCAGUUUUAUGUAUAAAAAAUGGUGUUGAUCGUUACUGGAGGAAAACAGCUCAAAAUUCAAUCGCCAAUGAUGAGAAAAAUAUUUUCAGACAAAGAUUACUCACCUCUUUUAAUGAGCCCAUUUAUCAAAUAGCUCUGCAGUUUUCUGUAAUAAUUUCUAAAAUAGCACGGUUUGAUUUUCCUAAAGAAUGGCCUGAAUUAUUUCCUACUCUUUUAUUUGGAGUGCAAUCUGUGGAAGAAUUGCAGCAGUUGAGAGCCUUAUUAACUAUGCAUCAUGUUGUAAAGUCUUUAGCUUCAAAACGUUUGAUUGGAGACAGACGAAUUUUUCAGCAGUUAACUCAUAGUAUAUUUGCUAACAUACUUCAUUUGUGGAUUGACAGAAGCAAAUUAUUUCUACAUGAAGUACAAACUGGUUCUUGCAAACUGAAAGAAUUGUUAGAAAGUUCCUUUUUAACCCUUAAAAUUUUAAGGAAACUUGUUGUAAAUGGGUUCAAAGAUUGCUCCAAAGAAAAUGAUGCUGUUAAUUUUUUAUCUCUCAUAUUUCAACAAAUUGGACCUUUCGUAGAAUGCAGAGCAUAUUUACAAAAUAGAGAGCAGUUGUUAGAAACAUGUGAAAAAUAUUUGGUUCUAUUAAUAAAAGUU